AGGUUUAUAUUUCAUCCAAUGAAGCAAGCAAGGGGGGGGGACUGAGAGGCGGGCUGAUGACGUAAUUCAGAUUGACUGGCACUUAAGCCAUUGUCGUCCUGGAUUAGCCUUGAGUUUCGCCAAUCCAUUAGCAGGGGUGGGUCGGUGCAGCCGCAGAGACUUGAUUUGGGUGGCCUCGAUUUAAAGAGACAGAAGCUGUGGAGGUUUUAGGAGACUGUCCCCAAUACCCUACCCCCAAGUCCUUGGGACCACUUGGGUCCUCAGAGCUGGGGAGAUGGUUUGUGGUGGCUUUGCCUGCUCCAAGAAUGCUCUGUGCGCUCUCAACGUGGUCUAUAUGCUGGUGGGCUUGUUGCUCAUUGGAGUGGCUGCUUGGGGCAAGGGCCUGGGCAUAGUGUCCAGCAUCCACAUCAUUGGAGGAGUCAUUGCUGUAGGAGUUUUCCUUCUCCUCAUCGCAGUGGCAGGACUGGUGGGUGCUGUCAACCAUCACCAAGUCCUGCUCUUCUUUUACAUGAUCAUCCUUGGUCUGGUCUUCAUCUUCCAGUUUGGAAUCUCUUGCUCCUGUCUGGCUAUUAACCGCAGCAAACAGACAGAUAUCAUCAAUACUUCUUGGGGGGUCAUGAGUAACAAGACCCGGCAUGAACUGGAAAGAAGUUUUGACUGUUGUGGCUUGUUCAACCUCACAACCCAGUAUCAAGAUGAUGUUUCCUGCAACGCACUGUGUAAGAACAGGAGUUCCACAUGCCAGAUGUGUGGAGAAAAGUUUCUUAAGCAUUCAGAUGAAGCCCUAAAAAUCUCAGGGGGUGUUGGACUCUUCUUUAGCUUUACAGAGAUCCUUGGUGUUUGGCUAGCAAUGAGAUUUCGGAAUCAGAAGGAUCCUCGAGCUAACCCCAGUGCCUUUCUAUGAGACUCUCCGUCAUUUUGACUUCUUUUCCGCUCUCAGCUUUCCCUUAAGAACACCUGGAGUCUGUAUCCUUUGAAAAAAAGGAAAGGGCCUCUGCCACAUCCUCUGAAACGGACUAGGCCUUGACAUACUUUGAUGGAAGAUUAUAGGGAAUAGAAGCAAAAUUUUUAUUUUUCUCCCAUGUGGACCCGGGCAGCUCCUGAAGUCAUUUAUAGCUGUUUUCCCUCUUUCUUCUUCUACAUGCUGGACCACCUCAGCACACCUGGCCUGGCUCCAAGGAUCCACCAGGAACAGAGCCCAGAAAACUCCCCCAGAACUCUUAAAUGUGUGGGGCCCAGUUGGAGGAAGUGAACAUAAAAAUAAAUCCCAUUUUAGCUCCAUAAUCAAAGAAGCACCUUAAAUUCCUUUUUCUUUGCCAGUCACUUGACUGCCUAGGCCCUGUGUAACUUAGGGAAGGUCUUUAAGGUUCUGCAGAGAAGUUCCUCCUCCUAAGUGGCUUCUCCAGUCUCCCAAUGGCAAAGCCAAUCUGAGAAACAUUAAAAAAAGAAAAGAACACCA